AUGUCUCCCAAGUCGUACCGCAUCGUUGUUCUGCCAGGGGAUGGCAUUGGACCAGAUGUUGUUGCACAAGCAACGCGAGUGCUAGAUCUCGUCAGCGAGACAUCUACAUCGGUCAAGCUCAUCCUCGAGUCUCAUGACUUUGGUGGAUGUGCCAUUGACAAAUAUGGCGAACCCCUGCCCGCAUCCACCCUGACAGCAUGCCAGCAGGCGGAUGCCAUUCUCCUAGGCUCUGUGGGUGGCCCCAAGUGGGGUCCCGAGGCAAAAGUCCGUCCUGAGCAAGGUCUUCUGGGCAUCCGCAAAGCUCUGGGUUUAUACGCAAACGUUCGCCCAGCGAACUUUGCGUCCGACUCCUUGCUUUCAUACACCCCUCUGAAGCCAGAGAUCGCCAGGGGUGUCGACAUGAUUGUCAUCCGUGAGCUGAUCGGUGGUCUAUACUUUGGUCCUCGUCAGGAACAAGGCGAUGGCGACACCGCAUAUGAUACCAUGGUUUACAGCGUUGCUGAGGUCGAAAGAAUUACCAGGGUUGCAGCACAAAUUGCUCUUGCUGCCAACCCACCCCUCGCCAUCCACUCUAUCGACAAGGCAAACUGUGCUUGCAAGUUCGAGCUGACCGUUGACCACUAUCUCGUUGACUCCGCUGCAAUGAUAAUCGUGGCUAACCCCAAAAAGUUGAACGGUGUAGUACUGACUGAGAACAUGUUCGGUGACAUCUUGUCAGAUGAGACGAGUGUUAUCCCUGGUUCUCUUGGAUUGCUGCCAUCGGCAUCCCUUGCUGGUGCACCUGCACUGGUUUCAGACCCCUCUUUUAAGCCUACUUCAGGCAUAUACGAGCCUAUUCACGGCUCUGCUCCCGACAUUGCCGGCAAGGGCAUUGCCAACCCAAUCGGCACCAUUCUCAGCGCAGCCAUGCUCCUGCGGUACUCCCUCGGUCUCGAGAAAGAGGCUCAGGCUGUUGAAGCUGCUGUCCGCAAGGUAUUGGAUGAGCCAAGUGUUGGUGGAUAUGGCAUCAGAACAGCUGAUUUGCAAGGGAAAGCAACGACUGUCGAGGUCGGCGACAAGGUUGUCGAGGUCCUCAAGUCCCUGCUGUAG